CCAUUGAGUUCGUAGGACUCUUAAUCGCCUCGCAUAAUACGAACACAAUCUUUUCCCUCUUUCGUAAACAACGAUGCCUUCGGACCCCAAAACCCCCAGCAAGCAAAUUAUACCUAAAUCACCCUCCGAUGGUUGGCAGCAGCGCAUCACGAUCCCCACGAUCCUCGCAGGGAUCGCUGGCGGAUUGUUUGGAUUGGUGUCGAAGAGUCGGAGACCUCUCGCCGUCAGCUAUGCCGCCAACCUCGCUAUCGUCACUGGAUGCUACUGCGGGGCGAGAGAACUGGCAAGAGAUGCACGAGCUUCAGAACCAGAUGACCUUAUCAACUCUGUAAUUGGAGGGGUUGCAAGUGGGGGACUUCUAGGGAAGCUUCAAGGUGGUCAGCUCAGUGCUAUACGCUAUGCCGUCAUCUUUGCUACUGUGGGGACAGCAUUCGACUUUACCACACUGGAGCUGCGUCCUUAUCUGCGCAACAUACAAAACUCUGUGCAAGAGAUGAGUUUGGAUCCGAGCUCAUGGAGUUUGCCAGAGUGGUCUCCGAUCCAGAUACUGGAUGAAGAAGCUCUUGCUGCUAAACGUGCUCGAGAACAACAGUUGUAUGAGCAGAGGAGAUUUGGCACCAUGAAUAAAGAAAAAUCUUGAUUAGAUAGACACAUCAAACAUCAAAAAUCUUUUUGACAAUAUUUUAUUGCUGAGAUUGUUGGAUGAACGUAUUUGUAUCUUUUGUUUCAAUUGGUCAUAAAUAACUGCGAGACCAAAGAAUAUAUCAAGCUGGUAUAAUGAGAAAAAAAAUUGUGCAAUCA